AUGUCAGUAUUCUUCACGCCUCCCAUCCUGCACCUCUACGCCGCCAACGGAACCAAGAUUCCUGUCUACUCGCGACGCAAAGUGCUUAUCAAUCUCGGUCUCCGCCGCUCCUUUGACUGGACUUUCUACGUUGGGGAAGUUUCUCAAGCCAUCAUCGGUGCUGACCUGUUAGCACACUUCAACCUUCUCGUGGAUGUAAAAGGACGGAGGCUCAUCGACCCACUCACCUCCAUCUCCUCCCCUGCUCAACCAGCAUCAUGUGACAGCACGCAUCUCACCGUCAUCCAGAAGGAUCACCAGUUUGCUACGCUACUCAGGUCGUUCCUCACGCUGACGCAGCCCUACUCAGCGGAAUUACCUAUCAAGCACCACGUCACGCAUCUCAUCGAGACUACAGGACCUCCAGUUCACGCUAAGGCCCGUCGUUUAGCUCCUGAACGCUACCGUCAAGCCAAGGCCGAGUUCGAGUCUCUGAUGCGCCAAGGUAUCAUCAGGCCCAGCAGCAGCAACUGA